AAAAAAUCCACCACAGAAUUGUUUGGUGCUCGAGGUGAGGUACGAUGUCAUGUAGCAUCAUUGCCAGUAUUCAACCAGCAAAACCAGGUUAGCCUUUCUUCUUCAAGAGAUAAAUUCUCUAGAAUUCGAAUCUCCGGACCCAAACUUCUCAUUAGAGCAACAGAGAAUCCUUUACACAACAUUGAAACAAAUACUCGCUAA